GUCAGCUGUUGACAAUUUGCGAUUUUGCGAUUUGGAGUUUUUGUGUAAAAAGAAGACUUAUUUCGAUAAAUAUUAUGCACCUAAUGAAAGUGACGUGUUUCCAUAAAUUUCUUUAUUUUAAAAUCACAAAUUAACUGGGUGACUUACGUGAAAAUCCAUUUUAUAUAUUAAAAUAAUGAAAACAUGAAUAACAGUUCAGAUUAUGUUUAUUGGUCGGAGCUUCAUUGCUCUAAAGAUGCAUUAACUGAUACUUAUGGAUGGUUUAUGCAGUUUUUGCUUGCUGUAUUGGCCUUCACAUGUUUGAUUGGUAAGGUUGCACUUAUAAAUUACUAAGAUCAACAGGUUGCUAAAAAGUUAGAUAAAUAUAUUGAUACUUAAUAAUUCUGAGGAUACAGAAUGUUCGAACGAAAAUAAAUCUAUUCAUGUUGGUGUAUUUUUAUUUAUGUUGUAGAACGGGGCAAAUGAGGAGACCCUCCUAAUGGUAAUUGAGAUGCUAAUAUCAAGGGAAUUGGAGGUAUUCAAAAAUUAUACCUACCUCUUCCCAUAUAUAAGUGGUUGGUGUUUAGUUUAAUAACAUCUUGUGUAAUGUUCCCUUUCCUUAAGUAGCUAUUUUUAUAAAAAAUCUACAUAAAUGAUUUUGGUGACAAACUUUGCAAGUCAGUGUUAAGGACAUAAUUGCUAUAUUUGCUGCAUUUAUAGCUGUUAUAUUUCCUGAAUUAGCCACACUGCAGGGCCCCUGAGCUGCAGAAUUGAGCCUCUACAUUUCUAUAUUUAUCUUCAUCAGUCUGUAAAAAUCCACUGCUGGAUAUAGACCUCUGUCAUUCUUUCUUUAAAUAUCAAUUUUUGCAUACAGGUAAAAGAUUCUGUGAGCCACGUUACGCUAGAAGACCUUGGUUGAUAUGGUUCUAUGAUACUUCAAAACAGGGCUUGGGUGCCCUCAUUAUUCAUGCAGCCAAUGUUUGGUUGUCUCCACAUCUAACAGGAAAUCCAUGCACUUGGUAUAUAGUUAACUUCAUGUUAGACUCAACUUUAGGCUUGCUUAUAAUAUGGGCUGGCAUUAGACUGGCGCAGCACUGUGCGAGGACUUAUGAUAUACCUCUUAUUAACUUCGGAGAAUAUGGGAAGCCUCCGAUGUGCGCUGCUUGGAUAUGCCAAUGUGUUCUGUAUGCAGCCUUAGCGACGUUCGCUAAGUCUGUAUUGGCUUUAGUACUGCGGCUACCGCCCGUAGUAGCAGUACUAUCAACACUUCGUCUCUCGCCUGUUUCUGAUCCGCGCCUGGAACUGGCUGUUGUUAUGCUCAUCAUUCCCUUUUUUGUUAAUGUAAGUUGUUCAUUUGAUAAAAAUAUCUUAAACCACAUUUGAUUAAACCGUAUACAUACAAAUGCUGUAUACCGUGUAUAAUAUAAUACACAGAAACCAUUUUUGAUAAACGCACAGAGGCAUUUUAAAGGAAGCCGUAAAUGACUCGACGGCUCCGCAUGUCUUCCAAUUAUGCGUGCACAUAAAAUGAUAGUAAGUAAAUUGAAAAAAAAAAACAUGGUACAAAAUGAGACUGCAAUUCAUAUAUUUUGUUUCCAUUACUACUAGCGAAGUUGCACGCAAUCAUGCUUCUCGGUCCUUAAUUUCGAACUAGUUGAGCUUGAGCCUAGAAUUAGUAACUAUCUCUUACAUAAUAUCUUUGUAUCCAAAAGCUAUUGUAUAAUUACUCCAACCCAUGUAGUGAGGUUGCCUCUGGCCUAUUGGUUGGCGGCGCAUUUGGAUUCUGGUAUAAUCCAAUUCUGCUAAUCUCUACAUGUACGUGUAACUCUAAAGUGUUGGAUUGCAUUCUAUUUUUAUUUGUUCUGAAACAUGAAGAUACUCUCACCGUCAUGGAAACUUGGCCAACAUUGAAUUUUGCAACAACUUGCUUUUAAAUACUUUUUUAUUAAUUACUUAAUUAGGUAUUAAAUCUUCAAUUAAUACUGCGUAGGCGGUCAUAACAAUUGUCUCUCAAUAAUGUUUUCAGUACUUUUAUAUGAUUAUUAAAAGAUAACUACACCAACAAUUAAGUUUGUAUCGGCGGUUAAUUAAAACUACACACCCUUAAGGAAAAUUAGAAUUUUCUACGCUCAACUUUAAAACACUACAAAAUAAAGAAGCAAUUUUUUAUCAUUGUCUAUAGACGUUAGCACCGCGUGUUUCAUCCUCUAGCUCUACUAACUGCCUGUAUUCGGUCUAACAUGCUAGUUACCUGUUUUAACAACGACUUGCGAUAUGGUUGUCCAAGCCGCCAAUGCUGCAUUUCAGAGCUGAUCAAGAGUUUGUAGUGGGCUAGGAGAGUAUUUAAUCUUUCUUUUAAUCAUGUCCCAUAUAAGCUCGAUUGGAUUUAAGUCUGGACUACGAGCGGGCCACUCCAAUUUUUGAAUACCGACCUCUUGAAUGUAUUUAUUCACGCAAUGCGCUGCGUGUUCAAUGAACCCCGAAUAAGGCAAAACAUUGUCCUGUAGGAUUUAACGAUAACCAACUCUAUAGGUAUAUUCGCAAAGCACUUCUCUCCCUGGACAUCCAGAAGUCGAGUGGGCCUGACGGAAUCCCCCCAAUUGUGCUGAGGACGUGUGCUCCGGAGUUGGCACCGGUCCUAACGCGUCUUUUCCGGUACUCCUACUCCCAAGGCGUAGUCCCGAAUUCAUGGAAGACAGCUUUUGUCCACCCGAUCCCUAAAAAAGGCGACCGCUCAGACCCGUCCAACUAUAGGCCUAUCGCGAUCACCUCCUUGUUCUCCAAAAUAAUGGAAUCCAUUAUUAACUGCCAGCUCAUCCGGUACCUUGAGGAUCACCAGCUGAUUAGUGACCGCCAAUACGGUUUUCGUCGGGGUCGAUCAGCUGGUGAUCUUCUGGUCUACCUGACCCAUAGAUGGGCGAAGGCAGUAGAGUCCAAGGGGGAGGCGUUGGCCGUUAGUCUGGACAUUGCGAAGGCCUUUGAUCGGGUUUGGCACAAAGCGCUUCUUUCGAAGCUGCCUUCCUAUGGGCUUCCCGAGAAAUUGUGCAAUUGGAUCACCAGCUUUCUUGCAGAUCGGAGCAUCAAGGUCGUUGUAGACGGUGCAUGUUCUGACUACAAGCCUAUUAACGCUGGUGUUCCACAAGGCUGUGUGCUAUCACCAACGCUGUUUCUUCUGCAUAUCAAUGAUAUGUUGCUAACUGGUAACAUUCAUUGCUAUGCGGAUGACAGCACUGGUGAUGCUCUAUACACCGGCCGGGCCAAUAUUUCUCGGGAAAACGUCGCCGAGUACCGGAACAAACUUGUGUCUGAAGUCGAGUCUUUGCUGGACAAAGUCUCGGAUUGGGGGCGACUAAAUCUAGUCCAGUUUAAUCCUCAGAAGACACAAGUUUGCGCGUUUACCGCUAAAAAGAACCCCUUUGUCGUAUCUCCUCAGUUUCAAGGCACUCCCAUUCUUGCCUCAGCCAGUAUCGGUAUCCUCGGAGUCGACAUAUCGAGUGACGUGCAGUUUCGUGGUCACUUGGAAGAGAAGGCCAAAUUGGCCUCUAAAAAGCUUGGCGUGCUCAGCAGAGCGGGACAGUAUUUCAUGCCGGCACACCGCCUGCAACUUUACAAGGCGCAGGUUCGGCCUCACAUGGAAUACUGUUCCCAUCUCUGGGCAGGGGCUCCCCAGUGCCAGCUCCUUCCACUUGACCGCAUCCAGCGCAGAGCGGCUCGAAUCGUCGACGACCGAGCCCUUUCCGAUCGGCUCGAUUCAUUGGCACUGCGAAGAGAUGUUGCAUCUCUUUGCAUUUUCUUUCGCAUCUACCAUGGGGAGUGCUCUGAGGAAUUGUUCGGAUUAAUCCCAGCCGCCAAAUUUCACGAACGCACAUCGCGGCAGAACUCCCAAUACCAUCCACACCAUCUGGAUGAUUGGCGGUCCACCACUGUGCGAUUUAGAAGAUGUUUUCUUCCUCGCACAACUUCCUUGUGGAAUAGUUUACCACCAGGGAUUUUUCCGGACCGAUACGACUUAGGGACCUUCAAGAAAAGAGCCUACUCCUUUUUAAAAGGCCGGCAACGCAUCUGCAAUUCCCCUGGUGUUGCGGUUGUUCAUGGGCGGCGGUAGUCACUUACCAUCAGGUGAGCCGCAUGCUCGUUUGCCCCCUCUCCUAU